CCUAAAGCAGAGGGUGCAGGGCCCAGUCCGUAUCACCUCACCCAGUUAGUCUCAGAGGUCAGAAGGGGGAGAACGAGAUCUUGAAGAGGGUCUGUCUAGAGUCGGAGGCUUGUUGACUAUCUGAGAGAGCUUCCUACUCCAGGCUGGUUGAUCUGGUUUACAAAGAAUAUUGUAGGGCUGUCCAGCAGAGGGCAGUGUGAGAUAUGACCAAUCCCACACUCCUCCGGUCCCUUCAGGUCCACGCUGUGUGUCUGCAGUCAGAAUCAUCCCUCUGACAAGCAUGAAAGGCUCUCCUGAUCUGAUUCCGUCUGCAGAGCUGGACCCUACAAGGGUGUGUAAAGGGAAGGGGGUCGUGACUCUGAGGGCCACUCUGGUCCACAUAGACGACGAGGACUGCGUCAGUGAAGAAUCAAAUGUUGACACAGCACCAAGUGGUUGGAUCAGCCAGAUCAAUGGAGACAGCUCUCAAAAGGGAUUGGCUGAUGGAGGCUUCCACGACAUCACAGCUGAUUUACCUACAGUCAACAGAACUCAACCCCAGGGAAGUUCACCUGUGAUCACCGAAGAACCCCAGCUUCCUGCCUCUUCUGACAUUCAGAACCAUAUUACUUCGACAAAGGCCCCCUCCAACACCAAAACUGUCAACCCAACCAUAGUUCUACUACAACACAACAGAGACCACACCCAAGAGAGGGACAAAUUGCCUGAUCCAGGACCUGUAGUUGGGACAGAGAGAGAACAGAGCCAACACCCAGAUAUGGACGGCAAGAGGAUGAGGUACUCUCAAUCCCCUGUCUUGGGCCCACUGAACCAGCCCAUUGUGCCAGUACGGAACACAGAGAAGUCCAAGGACUGGUACAAGAACAUGUUUAAACAGAUACACAGAAUUCCAGAACCUGUUGAGGAAAACCCAUACCGCCCCACCUACAUAUUCCCUGAAUCCUAUGAUCCUAGGCAGAUGAAAACCACAGAUGAUGGUCACUCCGCCUAUGGUUAUGUGGAAGAUGUCAAAGGGGUCCCACGGUCAAAAAGUGCUGCUGAAGUUGACCGUAGGUCGUCUAUGCCUGUGCCAACACGGUCCUCUUCCCUCAAACCUGCCAAAAGGAACGACUGGGAGCCCCCUGACAAAAAGGUGGACACCAGGAAGUACCGUGCCGAGCCCAAGAGCAUCUUCGAGUACGAGCCGGGAAAAUCGUCGGUGCUGAAACUGGAGAGAAAGACUCAGCACAUUAGUCCAGAAGAUGUAGAUUUAGAGAAUGAGCCUUGGUAUAGAUUCUUUUCAGAGAUGGAGUUUGAUAAAGCGAGUGCCCCCUCUUUCAGCCCCCUGGAAACACCCUCCGACCUACAGAAGUACUCUGGGUGUAAGGCCAGACACAGCGAGGUGGAGAAGGACGAAGGAUCGUCUGGCAGCGAGCCAGCGGCUCCAGAAUGCGACCGCUAUGUUUACAAGAACGUCCUGGAGGGCGGUGAUAUUCCCCUGCAAGGUCUGCGGGCCCUCAACAAGCGCCAUGCCAGCACCUGCUCUAAAGUGGAUUAUCAAGGUGGGAAUGGCUAUAUAAUUUCACCCUGCUCUUCUGUAAAUAGUAGAUCAGUUCUUGCCAGUAAUGCCCUAGGUUACCAGUGUAAGAAUAAGAAGCCUUUAUCUGCCGCCAAAGCCUGCAUACCCCAAAUCCUCCCCUCUAAGUUCAAACCCAAGCUGAUGCACCCUAGUGGUGACAGCCAGGACAGUAGGACUGUGCCUGCCAGGCACCCAAAGGCACACAGCUGUGAGGAUAUAUACACAGGGAGCACAGGAGCAGAGGCCCAGGAGAACAGGUUACACUCAAACACAGACUCAAACUCCAAUGGUCUCCCCCUUGACUCUGAGACUGAUUUUCAAAAUGGCAACCCUGCAACUAGAAGGAGCACAGCAGAGUUCUCCACCCUGUACCGGAACAUGCACAGUAUCCAGAGGCCUUCCUGCUCGGUGGGCUCCAGCCCCCACGGGAGUGUCCGUAGCCUGACCUCCCUGUUUGAAAAGGUGGGGAUCAAUGAAACUGAUGGGGAGGGGGACGAGGCAGGGGGGAACAUUCCCGGGCGGGACGCCGUGUUGUCAAGGGUUUCGGCGAUUGAGCUGAUCAUCCAGCGCUCCAGCCCGACUCCCACACGCUCCUCCUCCAUGCCAACGCUACCCACUUGCCCCACCCUUAACCACAGCCCCGCCAACCUCUUCAUGGCGUCCGCCGUCUCGGCUGAGUUGCUGCUGGUCACUGACCCUGGGCACCCUGGGCAGACAAAGGGCUGCCCUCUGGAGGACACGGAGGGUAAGGCAGCCCAAGAUGAGGCCUCUCUGUCAGGCAGUGAGAUAGUGGAGGAGGUGGCAUCCUCGGAGUACAGUGACACCCUGCGAGCCGAGUCUCUCUCUGGGACUGAGGUAGAAACAGAGCAGCACGGCUCCACAGAGAAAGCCCCAGUACCAAAAGAGAAACUCCCAGAGGUCACUUUCUCCAGAACCUCAAACAGUCCCCCAGCACCAGUCACUCCGUCUGCUCCCCCACACAACUACCACCUCCACAACCACCACCACCUUAAACCCAGCAGCAAGUGCAAAAGCUCCUGCCCAGCCUCCUACACCCGGUUCACCACCAUCCGCCGGCAUGAGAGGCAGCAGGAGGCCAUGGCCCAGCAGGACAAACUGUCCACCCAGGAGAAAAGAAAGAACUCCUCCUCUCUCCCCGUUAACCUCUUCCUCAUGGGCCCUGCACCAUUCAGGGUGAAGAGGUCUCUCCAGUCUCACCGGGCCAAAAAGACUUUCACAGCCACUAAGGUGAUGGCAGGUCAAAGGUCACAGACCCAUUCUAAUGAGCCCAGGCCCCUCAUCCCACAGCGUCUCUCUUCCUUGGAGGUGCUGGAGAGGCUUGGCAACGGGGAGGGUGGGCCGUCCGACAGUGACAACAACCUGACUAAUGGUGGAGGCUUGGACACCAAUGGGAAUCUUCUGCAGCCGCUGGCAGCUCAUCGCAGAGAUUCAGACUCGUCCCAGGCUUUGACCCAAGGAGACCUUGGUGACGGCCAGGAUGAGGUGGUCAGGAGACGCCAUGGAGACAAAGAGAAAGUCUUGGAAGAGCAGCGGCGGCUGAAGAGGGAACAGGAGGAGGCUGACACAGCAUCGAGGCGACACACGGGAAUCGUUCCCACCCACCACCAGUUCAUCACUAACGAACGCUUCGGAGACCUGCUCAACGUCAACAUCAAUGACGCAGACAAGAGAAAAUCCGGAUCAGAGAGAACUCCAGCCCUGGCUCGGUUUGACUUCAGAGCGGAAACUCUAAAGGAGUUACCAUUUCAAAAGGGAGACAUUGUGUACAUCAUUCGACAGGUGGAUAAUAAUUGGUUCGAAGGGGAACAUCACGGCAGAGUCGGCAUCUUCCCACGGAGUUAUGUUGAGCUCCUUCCCCCCACGGAGAAAGCCCAGCCAAAGAAGAGUGCCCCAGUGCAGGUGCUGGAGUAUGGAGAGGCCAUAGCACGCUUCAACUUCACAGGGGACACAGUGGUGGAGAUGUCAUUUAGAAAGGGAGAGAGGAUCACCCUAAUUCGUAGGGUCGAUGAGAACUGGUAUGAGGGCAAGGUCUCCGGCACCAAUCGCCAGGGUAUCUUCCCCGUCACCUACAUAGAGGUGCACAAACGACCCAGAGUCAAGAAUGGAUUGGAUUAUCCAGACCCACCCAUUGGCCAAUCACCUCACCGCAGCCUCAAUGCUUCCCCUCAGCUGAACCGUGUCCGUAACAACCGGCUCAUCACGUCCCCCCUGCCCCUCCCCCGUUCCCCCCGCCGCUCUGUGUCCCCCGAGGUCCAUGCCAUCUCCUCUGAGUGGAUCUCCCUGACCAUAGGGGGUGCCGGCCCCCCCGCUGCCCCAACCCCUCCUCUACCCCCACUCCCUUCCGUGUCUUACUGCUGGGGCGAGUACCUGCCCCCUUCCAUGUCCGCCAGCCCCGUGCCCCCCAUCUGCGGCAGCCCCUACUGCAUCUCCCCAAUGGCCUCCCCUUCCGCCUCCCCCCUGCCCCCGCUCUACCCGCCCCGCCCUGGCUCAGCCACCCCUUACCUCACCUUCACCCCGCCCCAGGGGGAGGACUUCCUGCUCUCCCCUCCCUCUCCUCGUCUGUCCCGCAGCCUGAGCCCCUGUGGGGGGGUGGGCCUGGAGAGCUGGCUGACUGGGGCCAGCCCCUUGCGCAUCCUGGAGAGGGAUUUGAUGGAGGGGGAGGGGGCAGAGAGAGACAGGAGCACUGGACGCGAAGCCCUGGGCAGCUGGCGAAAUUGCCCUGCAGAGCUGGUGAAGAAUGAGAGUGUCUACCAUGGAAGAACCUCCGGAAGCCCUAUCAUGUUGUUUGACAUCCAGGACAACAACAUGAAUGCUAACUCAUUUGCGGAGGCGGUUUGUAAUGAGAUCAUGAAUAUAGCUGAGACCUCGGUGAGGUACUGCAGCACCCUCUCCCCCCACCCCCAUGACUCUGUCCUUCACAGACUCCUGCCCCACCUUCACCCCAGUAAACAAUCUCUCAUCAUUUCCCAGCAACCCCAGUCCCACAGCAGCAGCCCGGAGCCGAGUCGUCUCAGCUGUGGAAUUUUCCAGGCUUUGUACAGUUAUGUGCCACAGAAUGAGGAUGAGCUAGAGCUGCAGGAGGGAGAUCUUGUCAGCGUAAUGGAGAAGUGCGAUGACGGCUGGUUUGUUGGUACCUCGAAGAGGACCAAACAGUUUGGCACGUUUCCAGGAAAUUACGUGAAAGAGGUCAACUUGUAACCUGUCAACAAACAUUUAUAGUGUGAGGAGAACCCAGCUCUAACCAUUGGUUACAAUUCGAGUUUUGGGAAAGCAUUACUAUUGCGCUUGAUUGUUUAAAUUAGGAUAGUCAUUCAGCCAGGUGAAUACGUUUGUCUGGGGUAAGUGAUCUGUUUGGUGUGAGGUAUGUUAAUGUUCAUGAGGCGAAGACAGAAGGAAGCUAGCUGUUGACUCACUGCCCAAACGUCAGUGUGGUGUAUACGUACUCCAACCACAUCCUACACAGUACAUGGCUGAAUUUAUCAUAUCAUAUUCUGACAAUGGAACUUUUAGUUUGAAAACAUCCUCCCAAAAUGUCAGCACAUACAGACUACGGUAUACACUGAGUGUACAAAACAUUAUGAACACCAGAUUUUUCCAUGACAUAGACUGACCAGGUGAAUCCAGGUGA